AUGGUCGCGGCCUUCGACCCCCUGUCGCCUUCAAAGGCGACAUCGUCAAAGUUUCCCGACAAGUCGACGUUCGGGACCCUCACCCGCGAGCGUCAGAACCGACACCCAAACGUCAAUGGGCCCGACUUCCAGAAGCUCGAGGAGCUCGUCCGCCCUCACAUUGAGAGCUUUGACGCACUCACCGAGGGCGGUGACGACGGAGCGGCGGGACUCCUCCAGCUUGGUGUGCAGGACCUUGGCGAGAAAGUGGUGUUUGACGGCAAACCGACGGACCGAAUGCCCUUUGGCAACAAGAUCACCUACCGGAUAUCGCAGGUUGCGAUGAGCAAGCCCAUGGUAUCUGACCGCGACAAGCUCGCCAUUGAGCGUCGCAUCUACCCUUCCGAAGCACGUGAGCGCCUCACCACCUACCGCUCCCGCCUGACUGUCACCAUCAAGUGGAAGGUGACUACCGAGGAGGGGACCACGCGCGAGUACGACGAGAUUCGCGAGUGCGGCCUGCUUCCCGUCAUGGUAAAGUCGCAGCGCUGCAACCUCCGUGGCGCAUCUAGCGCCGAGCUCGUGCGGCGCGGGGAAGAGAGCUCGUCCUGGGGCGGGUACUUUAUCGUCAACGGUAACGAAAAGCUCGUCCGCUAUCUCAUCCUCCCCCGCCGCCACUUCCCCAUCAACCUCGAGCGUCCGUCCUUUGCCAAGCGUGGUGUCGGGUACUCGCGUUACGGUUGCCAGAUCCGCUGCGUUCGUCCCGACCAGUCAGCCUGCACCAACACGAUCCACUACCUCUCCUCGGGUGGUGCGACCCUGCGUUUUGCUUGGCGCAAGGUCGAGUACAUGAUUCCCCUCGUGCUCAUUCUUAAGGCGCUCGUCGACGCGAGCGACCUUGAGAUCUUUGAGGGCCUCGUCCAGGGCGAGUCCGACAACACUUUCCUCACGGACCGUGUCGAGCUCCUCCUCCGUGGCCAGAAGGCGUGGGGUUUACACACCGGCACUCAGUGCCUCGAGUACCUCGGUGACAAGUUCCGUGUCGUCAUGAACUGCCCAGAGGACUGGAGCAACGUCCAGGUCGGCAGCUUCCUGCUCAAGAAGGUUGUGCUCGUCCACCUCCCGAACCCCCGCGAGAAGUUCCGCAUGCUCCUCUUCAUGCUCCGCAAGCUCUACUCGAUGGUCGCUGGUUCGUCUUGCCCGGACAACCCGGACUCGCCGCAGCUCCACGAGGUCCUCCUCCCUGGUUUCCUCUACUCGAUGAUCAUCAAAGAGCGCUUUGAGGAGUCGCUCCUCGGCGUCCGCCAGCAGAUCCUCCAGGACAUCCGGAUGAACCGCGUAAAGGACUUUACGAGCGCAAAGUACUUCCCCAGCGUGCUCUCCAAGGUCAACUUUGAUGUGGGCGCAAAGCUCUCAUACUUCCUCGCCACCGGUAACCUCGUCUCGCCGACUGGCCUCGACCUUCAGCAGACGAGUGGUUUCACCAUUGUGGCCGAGAAGCUCAACUUUUACCGCUACCUCUCCCACUUCCGGUGUAUUCACCGUGGUGCGUUCUUCGCCGAGCUCAAGACGACGUCGGUCCGCAAGCUCUUGCCAGAGUCGUGGGGCUUCCUGUGCCCCGUCCACACUCCAGACGGUUCGCCUUGUGGCCUGCUCAACCACCUUUCGCACACGUGCCAGAUCGUCACCAAGACGCUUGACACGACCCAAAUCGCUCGCCUCCUUUCCGAGCACGGCAUGUCGCAGGUCUUUGCGAGCAACAUUGACGGCAAGCGCUACGUUACUGUGCAGCUCGACGGCCGUGUCAUCGGCUGGGCCACGCCACCUGUUGUCGCCAAGCUGGCUCUCAUGCUCCGCCGUCUCAAGACAGAGGGCGACGCGCGCGUGCCGCUUGACCUCGAAAUCGGCCAUGUCCCUGUCACUUCGGCCGGCCAGUACCCCGGCUUGUACCUUUUCGGCUCGCGCUCGCGCAUGAUGCGCCCUGUCACGUACCUGCCCAACAGCAAGCUCGACCACGUCGGCACGUUCGAGCAGGUGUACAUGGACAUUGCCAUCACGCCCGAGGAGAUUGAGAAGAACGUCAGCACGCAUGUCGAGCUCGACCCCACGUCGAUGCUCUCCGUUGUUGCCAACAUGACCCCCUUCUCCGACUUCAACCAGUCUCCGCGUAACAUGUACCAGUGCCAGAUGGGCAAGCAGUCGAUGGGUACCCCGUCCACCGCCCACUCGCGCCGCACAGACAACAAGAUGUAUCGUCUGCAGAGCGGCCAGACGCCCAUUGUCCGCCCAAAGCUGUGGAACGACUACGGCUUCGACCAGUUCCCCAACUCUACGAACGCCAUCGUCGCAGUCAUCUCGUACACUGGUUACGACAUGGAGGACGCGAUGAUUCUCAACAAGUCCGCGCACGAGCGCGGCUUUGGUUACGGCACUGUGUACAAGUCGGACAUCUUUGACCUCAAGGACAUGGCAAGGUCACGCACCGCUGCGCCGACGCUGCACUUUGGCUUCGGGCGGGACGUCAAGGACAACUCGCCAUGGCGCAACUUUAUCGACAACGAUGGCCUUCCGAUUGUCGGGACGCAGGUCAAGGCGGGCGACCCAUUGGCCGCGUACAUGGACGACAUCUCGGGCAAGACCAAGGUCCACAAGUACAAGGGUGACGAGACGGCGUACGUCGAGACUGUGCGCGUGCUUGGGUCCGACCUCGGCGACUCGGAGCUGCAGAAGAUCCAGAUCACGCUGCGCAUUCCGCGUUCCCCUCUUAUCGGCGACAAGUUCUCGUCGCGUCACGGCCAGAAGGGUGUUUGCUCGCAAAGGUUCCCCAUGAUCGACAUGCCAUUCAGCGAGAGCGGGAUGCAGCCCGACGUCAUCAUCAACCCGCACGCGUUCCCGUCGCGUAUGACAAUCGGAAUGUUGGUCGAGUUCCUGGCCGGCAAGAGUGGUGCGCUGCACGGCAUGGCACAGGACGGCACUCCAUUCAAGUUCUCGGACGACGACAGGCCCGUGGAGUACUUUGGCGAGCAGCUCCUCAAGGCAGGCUACAAUUACCACGGCAACGAGCCGAUGUACUCGGGCAUCACGGGCGAGGAGCUCCGCGCCGACAUCUACAUCGGCGUGUGCGCGUACCAGCGUCUGCGUCACAUGGUCAACGACAAGUUCCAGGCCCGUGCCACAGGUCCUGUCGACAGCCUCACCCGUCAGCCCGUCAAGGGUCGUAAGCGCGCCGGUGGUAUCCGUUUCGGUGAGAUGGAGCGUGAUGCUCUCAUCGCGCACGGUACAUCGUUCCUCCUCCAGGACCGCCUGAUGAACUGCUCCGACUACUCGACAGCAUGGGUGUGCCGCUCGUGCGGGUCUCUCAUCUCGCUCGGGUUCGACGACACGGUCGGACCCAACGACGGGCGCCGUGCCGAGUACUGCCGGAUCUGUGAGCGGCACGAGCAGCCUGGGGCCCUCGACGGCGCGAUGCAGCCCUCGAGCGUCGGCAUAGCGGCCAAGGCCGUUGGCGGUAACAGCAAGAUGGACGUAGUUGCGGUGCCGUACGUCUUCCGGUACCUGUGUGCGGAGAUGGCGUGUAUGGGCAUCCGGCUCAACUUGACAGUCGUAUAG